AUGACCGCCGAAGAAGUCUAUCAUGCCAAAGAUCCAGUUAAUGAUGGACUAAAAGCGGGUUUAGCUUUUGCUGGCAUUGGUUUCGUGGUUGCUGCUCUGCAGAACUCGCUGCAGACAGAGGGUGUAGGAGCGUCUGGCGUACUUACUAAAGCAGGAGGAUCAAUGGCACAUUUUGCACUUAUCGGUGGGAUAUUUGCGGUAACACGUGCAACUACGGCUAACAUACGAAAAAGUGACGAUUGGGUCAAUAGUGCGGCUGCAGGUUGUGCGGCCGGGUUAGCAGCGGGAAUAAGAGCAAAUUCUUGGCCUCUGAGCCUAGGUGCAUGUGUGGGCAUCGGAACGUUAAUGGGAACCUAUGAAUUCACUGGACGAUUCAAGGGAGUGCUGCAUGGAAAAUCUGAGGAGGAGAAGCGCGCCUGGAGAAGAAAAUUUGCUCGGAACCCGCAGAUUCUCGAAGAGGAUGAGUCACAAUGA